GCCCAAGAGUACUUAUUGACACACACACACGCAUACAGAGAGCUGCCUCUGCCCCUGUGGUGGCCCUGUUUGACGCCCACGUAGAGUUCAACACUGGCUGGGCUGAGCCUAUUCUCCAAAGGAUCAAAGAAGACAGAACCAGAAUUAUAUCUCCAUCUUUUGACAAUAUCAAAUACGACACAUUUGAGAUUGAAGAGUACCCACUCUCCGCUCAGGGCUUUGACUGGGAACUGUGGUGCCGGUAUCUGAACCCACCAAAAUCCUGGUGGAACUUGAACAACAGCUCUGCUCCAAUCAGGAGUCCAGCCCUGAUUGGCUGCUUUGUGGUGGACAGGGAGUACUUCGCAGAGAUCGGCCUGCUGGAUGAAGGCAUGGAGAUUUACGGAGGAGAGAAUGUGGAGCUGGGUGUGAGGGUGUGGCAGUGUGGAGGAAGUGUGGAGGUGUUGCCCUGUGCCCGUAUCGCCCAUAUUGAGCGUGCCCACAAGCCCUACACCGAGGAUCUCACUGCCCACGUGCGCAGAAAUGCUCUGAGAGUGGCUGAAGUGUGGAUGGAUGAGUUUAAAAGCCACGUCUACAUGGCCUGGAACAUUCCACAAGAGGACUCAGGGAUAGACAUCGGUGACAUUGCAGAAAGGAAAGCACUGAGGAAAAAACUGCAGUGCAAGACCUUCCGCUGGUACCUAGUGAACAUUUACCCUGAGAUGAGAAUGUACACAGACACCAUCGCAUAUGGAGUGCUGAGAAACUCUCUGAAGACUGACUUGUGUCUCGACCAAGGACCAGACACUGACAACAUUCCCAUCCUUUAUCUCUGUCACGGGAUGACACCUCAGAAUGUAUACUACACCAGCACUCAGCAGUUAUUCGUGGGCGUCUUGAGCCCCACCAUUGACGAUGAUGACAACAAGUGCCUGGUGGAUGUGAACGGCCGGCCACGUCUCAUUGAGUGCAGCUAUGCUGUGGCUAAACGCAUGAAGCUCCACUGGCGUUUUACUCAGGGAGGCUCCAUCCAGAAUACAAAGUCAAAACGAUGCCUUGAACUCCUGGAGAACAAUGACAAUGAGUUUGGAUAUCAGCUGACGCUCCAGAAAUGCACUGGCCAGAACUGGACCAUCACCAAUAUGUUGCCUGGUAGCACCUUAUGAUGGUACCAUCGAGACUGAGGGAGGACUGCAUUGACAAAUGAUGACAAGCUUAAGCACCUGGAUGUCUCUAUCUGACUUUGACAUCAUAUGAUAAAUGUUAAACAUUUUUCCUAGCUGCUGUACUUGUGCAUACUGAUAAGCCACAUUUGGCAGAUAUUGCAUUGUGUAUUAUAAGGUUCUACACUGUACUGAGAUUUAUUUUGUGCAAGGUAUACUUGGUUUUGUCUUGAUUUGAAGGUUGUACUGGCUCCAAUGCACACAUUGAAGCCAUAAUUGCUACUAUGUAGCAAAGCUUUGACAACGUUCCUGCUGUAUUUCGUUCUAGUGUCUCAGGUUUGUAGGUUGAGAUUAUUUUGAAAUAACUCUGUACAUUUUUGGGACAUGCCAAUAUGUUGGAACUUAUCUAGAUACAAUCAACUGUUUUAUAUCUACAUGUAGUAAAUAUUCUCAGUAUUUAUAAUUAAUGGCAGUAAAAAACAAAUGCGAAGACGGUUUGUGAGUUCUGCUGAUCUUCAUUUUUCUGCACAGGACCUUG